AUGAUAGCCGUCCGGAAACGGUUUCCGUCAGCAUGCUGUUGUGGGAACACGCACAAUAAGACCAGCGACGUGAGUUCUAGACAUUUUUUCCGAAUAAUCCCAUUUACAUGUUAUUUGCAUAUCAUACGCCUGUCCAGUUCAAAUAAAUAAAAAUGUAUAAGUACAGUACCAGUGAUUGUCCCAUUUUCAGAAAGUUUUCCGGAGAUCAAAGAAACAGCGUGGGAUGAAGGCGACAGCCGUUGCCUUAGCCGUUAUUGCCACUCUGGCACUUACUAUUGUUAUUGCUAACACUGUUCACAGAGCGGUCACGUUACAAGCAAAAGCUCCUGUCAAAGGUUAGUUUCCCACGGACCAAGUGUUCUGAAAACUUAGUUUCAGUUGAAUUGGCAAGCGCGAUCAAAGAUCUCGUGUCUCCCGAAAAUAUCCGAGAGACUGUUCACUCGCUGACCAAAAAGCCACAUGUUUCCGGAACAGAGAACAAUCUGCAUGUGGCCCAAAUGAUCCGAGAUCAGAUGAAAAACCAAGGCCUUGAAGGUAUGACAUUUCUUGAGAACUAAUGCGUAACGGCAAUUCAGAUGUUCACUUUAACGAGUACAAUGUUCUGCUGUCUUACCCGAACUGGACCACUCCCAAUCACGUCGAAAUCAUCAGCGAAGACGGAAAAACAGUUUACAAAACGGCCGGAAGGAGUCCGGCAGUUGUGAAAGAAGAACAGAAUGAUCCGACAGCUGAAAUUCAAUGGUUCGCUUAUUCGGCUAAUGGAGUUGCAGAAGGUGAUCUGGUGUAUGUGAACAAGGGAACGUCAAAAGACGUCGAACACUUGGAGUCGAAGGGAAUUGAUCUGAAAGUAACUGAAAUCACUUAUAUUGUCUGCAUAGUCUGGAUUUGAAGGGAAAAAUCAUUCUUGUCCGGUACAGUGGCUCUUUCCGUGGUAACAUUGCACAAAUGGCGGUGAAGAAGGGAGCUAUUGGAUGUCUGAUCUACUCUGAUCCAAUGCAAGUCGCAAAUCUGGGAACCGGUCCAAGUCUGUCGGCUAAUUUAUCUCAAUUGAACCUGUAAAACUUUCAGAUCAGACUUUUGGUAGUACUGACAAAAUGCCGCCACAUGCAGUGCAAAGAGGUACUCUAUUUGUCGGACUCGGCGAUCCGAGAACUCCAGCUUUCCCAUCAAUUGCCAAACUGUACAAAGAACGGACUGAGGAAGAUGUAUGACGUGAACAAUGUAGCCGUUAGCAUCAAAUACAAUUUCAGCUGUAUGCGGAAGAAGCAAUUCCAACAAUUCCGAUUCUUCCCAUUCCCUAUUCUGAUGCACAAGUUUUAUUUGAAAAUUUGAAAGGGGAUUCGGUGAUUCCCGAGUUUGAAGGUAGGAACAAACAAGUCACAAAACAAUUUUCCCAUUUAGGCAGUUUAAAUGUGACCUAUCGGUAUGGGCCCGGGCUGAUAAGCAAUCAAAAACUGCGACUGACAGUACACGCUAGAAAUGAAGAACGGUUUAGAAGCUGUCACGCGACUCAUUUUUGGUGCUUGCUUUCAGAAAGAUUCAAAACGUUUUGGGAUUCAUCAAGGGAAGUGAAGAACCCGAAAAGUUUGUGCUUUUAAGCAACCAUUACGAUGCGUGGACAUACGGAGCCAUCGACCCGAACAGUGGUACUUCUGUCCUUCUCGAAGUGUCCAGAGCUCUCAAAGCGCAUCAAAACGCAACUGGAUGGACCCCUGGUAGCCGAAGUACUCCGUAUCAAAUCGUAUUAUUCUAGUGUUGCAGCUAGAUCCAUUCUUUUUGCCCAUUGGGACGGAGAAGAGUACGGCUUAAUUGGAUCAACAGAAUUUGCCGAGGAAUUCAGAGUGCAAUUAAUGCGAAGGGCUGUCGCCGUCGUGAACAUGGAUCUUAUAGGUGGAAACCAGACGCUGUAAGAACACAAACAAAAAACUUUUAGACGUGAAAAACUGCGUCAUUACAGGUUGGCGCUGGCUAACCCAACCAUCUCAAAUGUUCUUCGGGAAGCCGCUGCAAGUGUAGUCCAACCGAAUGAAGACGAACAGAAAUUGGGAAGAACAACUUUAUAUGAUUCCUGGAAGCACUUCGCACCGUCACAAACCAACCGUUCCAGUCAUCCAUAUCAGAGAAUUCCAGCCGGUGGAAGUGAUCACAUGCCGUUUUUCGAUUAUUUAGGUAGGUUGGAUUAUAAUGUUUCAACUCUAUUGUAGACCCUGUCACAGGCAUUCCCAUCAUCAUGUUUAUCACGUCUUCUCUCGACGCUCCUCCUACGUAUCCAUUAUAUCACACCAUAUAUGAGACGCCUUACUUGAUCGAAAAGAUAUUGGAUCCACAGUUCAAGGUCCUGAAUUGAGAAUUCGAACGAGACAAUAAGCAAUAAAGUUUCAGAUGCACAAGGCAAUUGCCGAAAUGUUCAUCGAAAUGGCUCUCAGGUUCACCGAGAGCAAGAUUUUGCCCUAUGAGUAAGAGUGCUGGAUUAGAAAGAAAGUGCAUAUGACAAAUUACAGCCUUCGGGAGUUACUGGACGACACUAAUUAUGAAUAUUUACCAAAAAUAGCCACGCACUUUGAAAAAGCUCAACUUUUUGGGAAUGUCACCGAGUACUUAGAACCUGGAUUUGAGCAGUUCACUUUAUUGCAAAAAACUGUGAAGGUAUAGUAGCCCGAAUAUUUUCACAAGUUAGCCACGGAAAACUUACAGGAUUUGUCGGAUUUUGUUCAUCAGAGAAAUGCGACAAACUUGACAUCACUUCCUUUUCACAGCCGAAUCAAUGAGAACAACAGAUUGAUUGAGUAGGAACAAAACACGGAGAUCUUCACUUUUUUCAAUUUUUUUCAGAUUUGAAAAGUGUUUUAUCAAUCCACACGGAGCUCCCGGAAAUCCGCAAGCAAGACAUCUUUUGUUCCAUCCAAGUGCCGAUAACUGGUACGACGGCGGAGCAAUCGCGCAGGUUCACGAUAUGGUUCAUUUUUAUCUUCUUUCCAGUUUUACUAGUUCAUUUCCAUUCCAGAUCUCAAAAAUCGAACAAUCUUCCGAUCCGAAGAUGCUGAAACAACAUUCAAAACGACUUGCCAAAGAAGUCGCCCUCGUCAACGUCGCAUUUAUCUGUGCAAGACACUCUCUCAACGAAAACUUUACCCUGUAA